AUAAUCUUGACUGAGUGUCACUUUACAAUAUCGAGCUGUGGAGUUUGCAUGGAUCACACCGGUUUGUUACUUUAUCAUGUUUAAAUACCUGUCGUUUCUACGGUGUGUAGCCUAUCGAUUUUGAGCGAUUCUCCUGUGUGCCAAUGACCGAUUGCCAAAUGGUAUCUUCAGAUUUCACAGCAGAUGAGAGAUUGGAGAUUGAGAGCAUGAAGAUGCAUAAGAAAGACCUGCUAGAUGACAUCCAGAAGCUAAAGAUGGAGAUUGAGAAAGUCAUGGCAGAGGUUCACGACUUUGAGUGUACAGAGGAGAACAAAGUCCUUGAGAAGGGAAAGCAGUUCUCGAGCGGGAAGAAGAAAUUCAACAUGGAUCCUAAAAAGGGUAUAAACUACCUGGUAGAGAACAAGCUUCUGGAGAGGAAUCCUCAGCCAAUAGCAGAGUUCCUUUACAAGGAGGAGGGGCUCAAUAAGACUGCUAUAGGAGACUACCUGGGAGAGAGAGAAGAAAUACACCUCCAGACACUGAAAGCCUUUGUGGAUCUCCAUGAGUUCUCAGACCUCAACCUGGUACAGGCAUUGAGGCAGUUCCUGUGGAGUUUCCGUCUGCCCGGCGAGGCUCAGAAGAUUGACCGCAUGAUGGAAACCUUCGCCACACGCUACUGUGACUGUAACGCUGAAGUCUUUCAGUCUACAGACACCUGCUACAUCCUGUCGUUUGCCAUCAUCAUGUUGAACACCAGCCUCCACAACCCCAACGUGAAGGACAAGACCCCUCUAGAGAGAUUCAUCUCUAUGAACAGAGGCAUCAACAACGGAGGGGACCUGCCCAAUGAGCUGCUCACGAAACUGUAUGAAAGCAUCAGGAACGAGCCCUUUAAAAUCCCAGUGGAUGAUGGGAACGACCUGACUCACACAUUCUUCAACCCCGACAGGGAGGGAUGGCUCCUCAAACUAGGAGGCAGAGUGAAGACGUGGAAGAGAAGAUGGUUCAUUCUGACUGACAACUGUCUCUACUACUUUGAGUUCACCACUGACAAGGAGCCCAGAGGCAUCAUCCCUCUAGAGAACCUGUGUGUGAGAGAGAUGGUGUAUGGACGCAAACCAUACUGUCUGGAGCUGUAUAACCCCAACAGCAGGGGUCAGAAGAUCAAGGCUUGCAAGACAGAGACAGACGGCAGAGUGGUGGAGGGGAAACACCAGUCAUACAUGAUCUGUGCCGCUACCGCUGACGAACGAGACACAUGGAUAGAGAGCAUCCGAGCCAGCAUCACCAAGGACCCGUUCUAUGACCUGGUGUCGGUCCGUAAGAAGAAGGUGAUCAACCAGGCUCCCCAAGACUGAGACGGGACAGCACCCCCUGUGGAUCAAUCACAGUACUGCAUCACAGAUGGAGAUGGAACCCCUACAACAAAUAGCACAGUCAAUGGACUUUGGUUCAGUUGAACUGACUAAGCAUUGGGAACCUGGACACUUUCAACAGUGAGAAUGAGGACUUUCUAACUUAGAAAGGAACUUUUGUCAUAAUGAGAAUUGAGGGAAUUUUUUUUGUUGCAAGAAGAGUCCUGAGAAGACUGCUGGGGGGAAGACUGACUUGGACUUUUGUCAGGAUUAAAAGGGUGGAACUGUGUACUGUCUGGAAGAGGGACUUCUCAUUUUGAACAACACCGUGUCAAAGGACUUCCUUCUUAUCCUGUGAGAUGAAAUAAUGUCAUUGUCAAUAACUGUCAACGUGACCUAUAAAUACCGUUUGUUGAUAAGGUGACAGAAGCGAAGCCAAAAGAGCGGUUUCUCAUGUGUACAUAAGGCAGAUAGAUACGACCUCAAGCAUGGCUAAUUCCACCUACUGUCCUUGUAUGACUCUAUGAUUGUGUCCCAAAUGGUGCUCUAUUCUCUAUAUAGUGCACUACUUUCAACCAGAGCCUUAUGGACCCUGGUCAAAAGUGGUGCACUAAAUAGGGAAUAGGGUGCCAUUUGAAACGCGGCCCUCUCUGUAUUAUUACCAGACCACACCGGUCUGUUGUGACUCCUAGUCUGUCUGCUGUUAUAAGUAUGGUUUAUCAUACCUGUUCUAUCUUCUGGACGUACAUCAUGUAAAUAGAUACCACCUCAAACAUUGCUAGCUUCACCAACUGCACUAGGGCGGCAGGUAGCCUAGUGGUUAAGAGUAUUGGGCCAGUAACCACGAGGCUGCUGGUUCGAAUCCCCGAGCC